AUGUCGUCUAAACCUACUGUCGACAACGUCUCCAUCAUUGGAGCUGGCCUAGCGGGCCUUACGCUGGCCCUCGCCCUGCAGAAGCAAUCCAUCACCGUCACCGUCUAUGAAUCGCGCCCAGCGCCGCUUAACAUCGGCGGUGCCGUAAUGCUCUCGCCCAACGCGCUCAGGGUCCUGGAUGCCCUGGGCCUCUACGACACUGUUCGGGCCAAGGGCUACAACUUUGACAGCCUCGAAUACCGCGACCUUGACGGCCGCCUGACGGAGGUUCAAGAAUUCGGCGGCCUGCACAAGUACGGCUACCACGGGCUGCGGAUCUACCGCCAUGUUCUUAUCGACGAGCUAGUCGCGGCUCUGGUCAAGGCCGGCGUCACGGUGGAAUAUGGCGCCAAGUUUUCCCAUGUGGAAAAGGAUACGUCGGAAGGCGUGUCAAUUGCGCUCAUGGACGGGAGAAUAAAAGAGACCUCGCUUCUUGUUGGGGCGGACGGCAUCCAUUCGACAGUUCGCAAACACCUCUAUCCGGACCUCGAGACCACAUUCAUCGGCAUGGCGGGCAUCACCGCCGCCGUACCCACCGCGCAGCUCAGGCUCCCCGAAGGCUACCACAUCCCAGUCACCAUCGCCUCAUCACAGGGUGCCUUCGUCAUUGCUCCGCAGCAGGUAGACGGGUCCGAGGUGCUCAUAGGCAAGCAGAUGCGCCUCGCGCCCGCUGAGCGGCAGCUGGGCUGGGGCCGAGAGUUCGUCGCAGACAAGCAAUCGGCGAUUGCGUUCCUGCAGAGCGGCAACGAGCUGUUUCCUGAAUUUGUGCGCAACGCCACGUCGCGCAUCGACCCGGCCAAGGCCAACAAGUGGCCCUUCUUCGCGGUGCCGAAGCUUGACCGCUGGACGUCCGCGACGGGCAAGGUUCUCAUUCUGGGCGACGCGGCGCACGCCAUCCCCCCGUCCGCGGGACAGGGCAUCAAUCAGGCGUUCGAGGACGUGUACAUACUGGCGCUAAUACUGGGCCAAAAGGACCGGAUUGAGGACGUUGCCGCGGCAUUGCGCUUCUGGCAGACUUACCGCCAGGCUCGCGUCGACAAGGUACUGGAGCUGAACAAGCAAAUUGACCAGCGAAGGAUGCCUUCGACGGAUCCUGUGGUGGGCGAGCAAAGUGGGCUCACUAAGCAGAGCUUUGAGCUGGAAUGGCUCUAUAACCCGGACUUUAAGAAGGAUGUGAUGGAUUGGGUCGAAUCUUCAAGCCAACCAGACAAGGUCUAA